AUGAAUUCAACUAAGGCAACAGCAUUAGAUGUCCUGGUCCCUUCUACUCCAGGGAAGCCAAUCACCCACGAAAUCAUCCUUGUACAUGGCUUCAAACCCCGUUCAGACGACCAGAAACGCCUUGCAAAAUUCAAACAUUUGCUUGAGAAUUGGGUUACGGUUGCUACCAAUCCUAUUCGCAACCACGUCAACGUUCGCACCUUCGCCUUUGAUGGUGCUUACGUCCUACACAAUGGACGACACGGUCUAUCUGAGACCACUAUCGAGCUGUCACAGAAGUUUGCAGUUACAAGCGAGGAUUCCUCCUCGCCAUUGUUCCACCCGGGAGCAACAGAGGACAGUCGCAACCGCGUGCCCCGGGCUGCCGUAUUUGUUGCUCACGGACUAGGCACCUGGGUCGUGAAAGAUUUCUUGGUGCUCUUUCGCGAAGCAUCUAACCGUAUUGAUCCCACAGGGUUGAUAUUCCUCGAUGCACCAGAGAUGCCUCCUAACAUGACCCCUGUCGACGUACGAUCUGAGUCUGCCGUAUCUCAAUAUCUCUACGAGCUUACAGAGGUCUACAAGCUCCAAGCACUACCAAUCAAGAUCCACGAACUCCAAGAAAAAUUGCGGGUGAUCGAUAUGAACUUCAGACUGCUAACGAAUUCCCGCUAUGGAGUUUGUGAAGAGAUCAAAGACGCCUACGGUGAUCGCGACGUGUAUACUAUGAAGAUGUGGUGUGAUAGUGUUUGGAUGUGCUCCAAUCCUCCUCUUACGACUGAUUCUUCAGUUAUCAAGACGUUCCUUCGAGGAGCCCAUAACAUGAUACGCUUUAAGAAAGUGACCAAGAUGGAAGAACAGCUGAAGAAGCUUGAACGACUCAAACUAGCACAAACCCUUCAAGAGGCAACCACUUGCCAAGGAUUCUACGAUGUCCGACCUAAUAAUACCGAACCCACCACCGGCCCCAAUGCAAGCCCUAGCACAGGUCACCACUCCCCUGACAAUGGAAAAGGGAAACAAAAAGCAACUUCCUCUUCUAACUCGCCUGGAAAACGUGGUAUUCUUACACCCUCGAACUCCAUGAAGCCUCUUCCCAAAAUUCCCGAGGAGAUCGAAGCUGAGCACCGCCCAGAGCAAGCCUUCGGCUUCCGUCUAGAAACCAAAGCUAACGAAAGCCACGGUGAAAAAUUCUACGAUUUUGACGAUGCCAUAGACCAGCGAAACGAGGCAGUGGAAACAGAAGACCCAGAGGCGCUAUCGGCCGCACAGUCCAGACUACAGCUUGUCAAGUGGCACCAGGACCAGAAUCUCGGCAAGAACCAUCCCAAGGUCCUCGUUACGCAACGCGAGAUCAUUACCACAAGCCUUGCGUCCGGAAUGUGGAACGGCAAGCCCAUCGAAAAUUGGACGAAGGAGGACUUCUGCGAGAUAGAAGACGAAAUGCGUCACGCCUUUGAAGCCUUGGAAGAAUCGCUGGGUCCUCUCCACCGCGAAACCCUUGAAGCACUUACCGUGCUAUUCAGCGUGCGGGCCUCACUAGUGAAGAACAAGAUGGCCUCUUGGGUGGCUGUUGCCGCAGUGCUGGACAUGAUAAAGGAACGGCUAGACAACCGGAUACCGCUGACACCGGAGACAAUGCUCGACACGUUGCGCAUCAAAUACAAGGUUGCGUUGACCCUGGCCCAAAUCUCAGAUCGCGGAGAUGCGAUGCUGAGCGAUAUACUGAAGGAUACUGAAGGCCUUCUAGUCACUAUAGGCAGGGAGCACGUGGCGGACUUGACAGCGCUGCGGUUCAAUAUCCUAGCGAGAAUUUCUGAGUUGCGGGAUAUGAGGAACGAGGCGCGGACGAUGGGAGAGGCGGAGGGAUCGAAUUAG